AGCGAUGCCUCGUAACAAUUCCUCCAAUCGUCAGAGCACUUCACGCAAUUAUAGACCCGCAAAAAUUGACGUGUACCAUGGGGGAGAUAAACGUGUCUUUUCAAAUUGACACUGACAAUCGCGAAAAUUUCUCGUCUACCAUUUCGUUCCAUACUUUUAAGAAGCAAAGAGACGCUUUUUAUGAUAUACUUAGAAUUUGGGAGGAAAAUCAUUUGGUGCCAGGAUGGGUGUUUCAAAUUGCACUGGGUGGCAAGAUAAGAAGCAUGUUGGCGAUGCACAAUGACUGUAGUAACUAUUAUCACAUUGCUAGGUUAUUUAAAUCGCAAUUGUUAAUAUCAUGUAUACAGAAUAGACAUCAGGAUGAUGUAGUGGAUGACGAGAGCUUGAAUUUCUUGAAAGCUUUAAAACAUGUUAAUCCUGAAAAAUUGACGCAACUCAGUAAGAGAUUUGUGACUCCUUUACCAUCGCAGAGUCAAAGUGUUGGUCCUUCAUUUCCUGGCAUGCAAGAAUUUUUUAAAGAUUUUAUAUUGCAUGCAUUUAAUCCAAUAUUUUAUACACAUUUGGAGAAUUGUUUUGUACAUGAAAUAAUGGAAUUGAAUGAUACUCAGUUUGCUAAUAGUGAAAUAGAAGACUCAGAAACAAUGGUUGAUGAUCAAACGCAACAGAAUUUUAUUACUUGUUUAGCCAGCUUGAGGCUUCUUGCAAAAGUAUUAGGCCUUUUAGUAUCAUUGCCAUAUAGGUCUGAAUCAAAUACUACUAAAGAGAUUAUAAUGACACAAAUAGAGAUAAGAAGUAAGGUAUUACCAUCAUUAAAUUUACAAGCUUGUCUUCAGAACGCCAUAAUCGAGGGCAAACUGUCACUAACGAUCCCUUGGAUAGUUAAAUAUCUAGCUAUGAUGGAUAUUGUAUCGCUUCGGCUGCCAUAUUAUAAGCAGAUCUUGGAACUAUUGUAUUAUAUUUAUCAUGCUAUAAAUCAGACCGAUCUUACUGCCCCUGAUUGUCUUAUUUCUCAACAAUCGGCUGUGCUGCUCAAAUCCAGCCUAUGUUGGUUGUUUGAGCUAUCAAACUUUCCCAGAGAUUUCUAUAUUGUUUGGCAAAAGACUUGUAAAAUCAAGGAACUAAAGAGUCUCAAACAGAUGGAAAAAUUUUUCGAAAAGAGAAAAAAUUCACAUUCCGUCGAUUGUGUGAUUCCUGUUAAAAGUAGUCUCGAUAAAUUAGAUAUAAUUACUGAUCGAACGAUGCGUAUGUGCUGUUCGCGAAUGGAAUCGACAUUCUCUUUGUUUCACGGAAACGGAACGAAUUUGAAUAUCAAUUCUAAUAAACAUAUUACACCUGUUACUAGUCAACUACGUAGAUUAGGAGGCACUACUCGUGCAAAACACUUGGAGUUACAAUUGGAGGAAGCCUUUUUCCAUGGUCAACCAGCUUCUACUCGGAAGACUGUUGAUUUUGUUUCCGAAAGAGUCGCGUCAACUUGCGUGAAGCAUAUGUGUAAUACUUUAUUGACUUCAUCGCGAGAAGCAAACUUAAAUUCUUUCAGAAAAAUUCUGAAACACAAGCAUAUUGAGAAAGACUCCGAUGAACAGAGUGAACUGUCAAAAAAUUACUUCAACGAAUUUAAGGUUUUACUUGCGAGCGACAUGAAUACAUUGGCCAACAACGCGUCGAGAGAAUUGAAGGAUCAAUGUGAGAAAACAAUUCCAGCAAUUUGCGAAACGCGAGUCGCGGCAUCGAUAGAAUCUUUAUUAGCAGAAGAUUCUUUAACGGCAGUCAAGGAAAUGUGCAUCAAGAUUGCGACUAGAAUAGCGAUGGAACGAAUAAAUCAGUGGAUUCAGUCGCAUAUUGCCGGCGAUUCCUUGUUUAUAAAGGAUAUGGAACUUGAGAUUAACAGGUUCUUUCGAAACAAUAGUCCUGUGCAUUCCAAACAGGAAAAAUAUCACAAUAUGGAUGCUCCUAAUCCUACUACUAUGAUGGACGAACUUCGAGGAUUAAUAUGGCAUAUGUUGGAUAAUAAUGGUAUAGAUUUGACUAUUUCGUCUGUAUUGAGUACUUUAGAUAAACUGUAUCAAUCAUUCAAUCAAAGAGAUGAUUUAUUACCAGGACCACAGAAAGUUUUGUGUUAUCUCAGUAUAGAUUUUGCGCUAUUUUUAGUGGCAUAUAGAAUGGAUCUCUUUACACGAGAAGUCCAGGACAAAUUGAUUAAAGUAUGGUUGUCGAACAAUUUAAGAAAUGACGAAGAUGAUUCGCCUAUGCGUAGAAUACUGUGUUCUAGAAAUAUUAUGUUAUUAAUGCAACCACAAAACGACGCUUUGUGGCCAAUUUUUGGCAAAUUUCUAAAAAGAUUAUUAGAAACAAAGAUACUUGAUGGAGAUAGUCUUAGCGAUCAAUGUGUAGCUUUAUUUAGACAAGACUGGCCUGUGCCUUUGUUAAAACUUUUAUCGAAGUGCCUGUCCGAGGCUAUUGAGGGUUACAAAGCCAAUGACGAAGCGACAGAGAAAGUCAAGUACCUCCUUGGUUGGAUAGCUGAAACAUAUCACGAGAUCGAAUUUUGCGACGAAUGCUGGUAUAACGGCGACAUGGAGACGCUCUACACCGGCGCGAUUCAUGGUUUUCCGCAACCCGGCGGCGGAAUAGCUAAUGGCGUUUCCACGGGAAUCGCAAGUUCCUUCGACCAAGACGGCGUGCUCAGCCUUAUCGUCGUGCUCGGAGGAAGUCUGUCCCUGGUGGCCCUGGUGUUUGCGUUCAUCACCUAUAGGUAA